AUGUGCAAGCCGCACAUGAAAUCACGAAAUGCCAAGCUUUGGGCAGCGGAAACGGGUAAUUACUCGUUCGAGGACAGGUUGCUAUCCCUGCCGACAGCGGCGGCUCAAGGGUUGAAAUGUGACUUUAGUCCUAGGUUUGUCUUUCGCGAUGAUUCGGCCGUCAUCAAGGAACGAGUCGAAAAGAUCAAGCAGUCUGUUGAUGGGUCUGCAUCAGAAACCACACUUCGCGAUGAUGAGGUGGCUACUCGUCACGAGGCGAACCCCGUUGGAACGCCGCAGCGACAUGUGAAUAUUGAAUUUGCUCCUGUUAAUGAUGUCACGAGAGACGGCCCAGAAGCAGCGGGCAACCAAGGACCAUCUCCACGCCCAAAUGCACCACCGGCUGCUUCACCUGCGAUGGAAGAAUCAAAUGAAGCGUCGUAUGUCGACAUUGAGAACGAAAGGGCGCCUGUAACAAGCAACCAUGAGGUGGGAGAUAACAGUUCGGAUCUUCGCAAUGCAUCUUCACUGGGAGCUCAAAAAAACAACCCCGCCUCUCGACGCGUCCGAGAAAAUAGCCUUCUUGGACAGGUCGAGAUUGGUGAUCCAGUCGCUCUGAUAAGUUUGCUUGAUCAGAACAAUUCAGGAAGUCCUCUAUCACCAUCUGCGAUCGCUUCAGCAUCCAUAUCGCAUAGUAUUGAACACGCGUCGGAUCAUCCAAGCUCCAACACGCCGAACCCAUACGGGCCAUUCCCAAUAGCGUGGACACCACCACUGCUGAACUUUACACAGAUCCUGAGCGACUGGCGCGCCGCUGAGAUUGGUUAUAGCCUGUCGCCAAGGAUCUCAACGCAGAGCCCGACAGAGACGGUGGAAUUGUGCGAUCCCUCACGACAGCCCAUCAUCUUGAGACGUUGGCGCACUCAUCUACUGCCACGCAUGGCGCCCGUACUCUCGCGCAUCGACUCGUUCAUCGAAAAGUACGAAGUCGUCAAGUACGCUGUCCUCGCUCUGGGCGCAGCGCACAUGAAUCAAUCCGAGACUUUUGGCAACAAGAUCCAGCUUGAAUCCCGCCAAAGUCACCCCGAAUUCUACGCCGAUGGUUUGGCUUACUAUAGCCAGGCGCUGGAAAGCUUGGGGUUACAAGCCCGAGAGGGCGAAAAUGCCAUGGAGACGACGGCGCAAUUAGUCGUCGUGAUUCUCUGCACCUAUUUCGAGAUUGGUUCGGGUACCUUUAAUGGUAGCUACUAUCAUUUGCAACAGAUUGAGCGCACCGUCAUCUCUAAUCACGAGACAAUCAUAAAGUCUCCAUUGGGAGUGGAGUUGGUCAUUGCAUGGGCCGAUUUGAAGGCACAGCAUGUCACCGACUGUCUGCCCUUUCGCACGAGUGAAGCCGUGUCUAUUUUUGCCAGCGAACCUCAAUUUCGAGCUGAUUUGGAGCGCAAUAUUGCUCUCACUUCGUCAGACCACGCUUUCAUCAUGCUUCGUCUAUGCACCAUCUCUAGAGCGUCGGACCUGUUAUUACUACAACUGACUGUUGGUUGCGAUUCAUCAAGCCCCCUGUACCGGUCAUGGGUUUCUUUGAUGAAGCAGAUAGGCCGGUGGAAGACCAAAAGUGGUUUUGCUGCAGGUAAUGGAUCUCUCGACCUAUAUGCGAUUAUGGAUCACGAGAGGUCGCUCUUGGAUGAGUGGGAGUCGUCCUUGUCUCUGAGUCAACGACCGGCGGAAAGCUUUUCGUCCAAGGACAUGAUGUGCACAAACGUGGAGUCAUCGGAACUUCGAGUGCGGCCCCUUGUAUUCUCGUCUCAUCACGCCGCGAUGAAUUACCUGCGUUACUGCUGCGCGCAGCUUUAUGCCUCACGAGACAAUAUCCAGUACUGCUGUAACAUUGGCACUCCUACCAUGAAUGACUGGGCCAAUAACCGUGUGGAUCCAUGGGUGAUGCUUUGUCUCCGCAUCGCGGCAGGACUUGAUAUACACUCGUGCCUGACGGAGAAUAUGUACGAGCUUGGUGUUGCGUGGGUCUUGAUACAGGUCUCCAUGAGGUCGUGUUCCAUCAAGGUUCUUGAAUGGAUCUAUAACUACCUAUCCAAAAUGGAGAAUAGUGGUGGUUCCAGAGAGGGUAGACUCCCCAUCAAUCUUGUGAAGCGGGUACUCCGUCAGGUCAUGGAAGAAUGGCACAAGGGCCGUGUGGUCCAGUUGGUAUAUACUGCCCUUGAAGCAUAUUUCGAGGUACAGGAGCUCUGUGAUAUCGGGGCAGGCGGAUUGACAAUCCAAGCCGUCAUGCUGGGGAGAGUACAGAGGAAUGACGACUUGGGAAGGACAGCGAUGACAGACUGCGAAGCUUUUCCAUUUUUAGAUAUGGUCAACGUUCAAUAG